AUGAGAAACCACACAAUAAUUACAGAAUUCGUACUCUUGGGCAUAUCAGACAGGCCAGAACUUCAGGUUGUGAUUUUUGUCUUUUUAUUUAUAACUUACAUAUUAAGCAUCACCGGAAACCUAACCAUCAUCAUCCUCACCUUGAUGGACUCUCAUCUAAAGACUCCUAUGUAUUUCUUCCUGCGGAAUUUCUCCUUCUUAGAAAUUACCUUCACCAGUGUUUCCAUCCCUAGAUUUUUGGGGGCAAUCAUUACAAAAGUCAAGACCAUUUCCUAUAACAAAUGUUUAGCUCAAUUAUUUUUCUUCAUCUUCAUGGGUGUGUCUGAAUUUUUUCUCCUAACUGCCAUGUCUUAUGAUCGUUAUGUUGCCAUCUGCAAGCCCUUGCAUUACACCACCAUCAUGAACAAGAACAUUUGCACCCUGCUGGUCUUUGGUUCUUGGCUGGGAGGAUUUCUGACCAUUUUCCCACCCCUCAUGCUUAUCCUCAAGUUAGAUUUUUGUGCCUCUAAUGUCAUUGAUCACUUCUCCUGUGACUAUUUUCCCAUUUUACAACUCUCAUGCUCAGAUACACGGCUCUUGGAGAUGAUUGGCUUCUACUUUGCUUUUGUUACUCUGCUGUUCACGUUGGCAUUAGUGAUUCUGUCCUACAUAUGCAUCAUUUGCACCAUUCUGAGAAUCCCAUCUGCCAGUCAGAGGAAAAAGGCUUUCUCCACUUGUUCCUCCCACAUGAUUGUCAUCUCAAUCUCUUAUGGAAGCUGCAUAUUCAUGUAUGUCAAACCCUCAGCUACAGAAAGAGCAUCUUUGACCAAAGGAGUAGCUAUCCUCAACACUUCAAUUGCCCCCAUGUUGAACCCUUUUAUAUACACCCUGAGGAACCAGCAAGUAAAACAAGCUUUCAAAAACUUGGUCCAUAAAGUAGUGUUUUAUAAAAACAAAUGA